AUGCCCAUAAAUUCAACACCCUAAAACCUAAAAACAAAGAAAACCCUUGUUUGCUCCAAAGUUGUUCAUCCCCUUCUCUGUCUUAAUCACUCUCCCUUGAGUCAUAGUCAAUUCCCAUUUAAUGUUCAUCGAAACUAACUCCUUCACAAACUUGCACUCACACGUGUUUUUUUAAUCUGUUUCAAGAUUUAUACGCAUAUAAUAUAUAUAUAUAUACAGUUUGAUCCGUUGUUAAUUACUUGGCAAAAGUGGAUCGAAGGCAUGGAAAGAGGCCACUUCCACCGGAAGCAUCGGCGGCCGAAGAGAAGGACGCCAACGAAGAGCUGCCUGAUUACGCCGCGUGGAGCGAAUCUGACGUGUCGGCGAUGGUCUCCGUCCUCAGCCGCGUCAUCGGGACUCCGGCGAACUCCGGAGGCGGCGGCGAGGGAAGGUCAAACCCUUUAGCUCUCUCCGACCCUCCGGUCAAAGAAGAGAUUGAUCAAUCGGAUCAAGCUCAACAAGGCCCAGAUCAACCAAGAAGACGACACUAUAGAGGGGUGAGGCAGCGGCCGUGGGGCAAAUGGGCGGCCGAGAUUCGAGACCCGAAGAAGGCGGCUCGGGUUUGGCUCGGAACGUUUGAGACCGCAGAAGAUGCAGCAUUGGCCUACGACCGAGCAGCCCUCAAAUUCAAAGGCACAAAGGCCAAGCUCAACUUCCCCGAACGUGUCCAAGGCCACACCUCCACCGCAGGCCACGUGGCACCCCGCACUGCUGCAACCGCCACUCCGACCAUGGUGGCGAGUGACGCGCACGCGCUGCCGGUUGGCCCGUCUUCUUAUUCUUGGCCUGCGACGACAACGCAUGAGUCUUACAACCAAGACAUUCUUCAAUACGCUCAGCUUCUUGCAAGUAACACCGACGUGGAUUUGUCGUAUUAUACUCCGAGCCUCUUCGGGCAGCAACCCUUCUCCAUGAUGACGUCAUCGUCUUCUUCUUCGUCGUCGUUGACGUCACAACAAGCUCGGCCUCCGCAGCAGCAAGAGGAGGAGAAAAACUAUGGUUACCGUUAUUAUGAUGACAGCCCGAGAGAUUAAUUAAUAUUAUCAUAUCAUUAACGAUCGGGAAAUAUAAUUAGUAUAUGUUUUUUUUAGGGGAAGAAAACAUGGUAUGCCAAGGUUGCAAUAUAUAUUAUUUUUGUAUUUU